AACAAUACACUUGAGACGAGAACACAUGUCAGCAGUUUUACAGGUGCCCCGUGUAAUAAGUGUGUGUGUUUGUGUGUGUAGGAUGGGGAGAUUUUAAAACAUGCUAUCAGUUUGUUCAUUUGCGCACUGAGCCCGGUUAAAACUCAUUCAAUUUCCACUUCAUGGUGGUGGUGACCUUUUUUUUUAAAGUUGACAACUCUCGAAACAGGUGUUUGAAUAAAGGGAAGCUGGAAAGGCGUUCCCAGGAAAUUGUUUAAAAAAAACAGCCUGCCUCUCAGUAUGUGGUUUGACAGGUUCAGCACAGCAGGAUUUCUUCAUUCAGGCAACAAAGUACCUCAGCUGUAACAUGGGCACCUUUAUCGGUCACAUCUCGCCGGGUCUGGCUUUUUUUUCCUUCGGGGUUCUUUACGCCUUCAAGUUUUCUCUGAUGGUGCUCCGGGGUGAGGAGAUCCAACUUGUCUCUCACUCUCGCCCGCCUGGAUUGCGGAGCUGUUUGAAGCGGAUUCCUGCUGAAGGGGUGAUGAAGAUCGUGUACGGUACCCUGGCGGUCAUGGCAGAAUUCUUUUAUCCACCCGGAGUGUACAAAUUGAUUAUUUAUAACAAAGAGAAGCCUGACUAUCCCUUUAUCCACCCCAAUGAGUGGCAGCAUGUCACCAUGUAUUCGUAUUUCGCCCUGAGCGGUUGGAUGGAUAUUAUCAGCCAGGCUUGCCUGCCGAGACGUCUAUUCCUGCUGGAAAACAUAGCCAUCACCCUGGCGUUUUACAUCGAAGCCUUGCUCCUUUACUCUCACAUGCACGGCAAGGAGAGGGUGGAGAACUCAGUGCACACCUUGCUGCUGCUCGCCUGCUUUCUGGUCUGUCUGAUCCUGACUGUUGAGAUUUGGAGACCGAAUGAUCACGUCCUUUGGUUCACCAAGACCUGCCUGGUGAUGACCCAGGGGACCUGGCUCCUGCACGCCGCCUUCAUUCUCUACAGGCCGUUCACCGGGAAACCCUGGAAGAGCGACGAUAUGGCCAACCUCAUGUUUGUCACCAACUUUUUCUGUUGGCACGUCGCACUGAACAUUAUCUUGGUGCUGGCCAUCUUCUCACUCACCGCCCUUUGGCACCGCCGCCGUGGCCUUGCUUUCCAGGAGGUCAAGAGGCAGGUCAGUUUCCACCUGAAGAGUGCGGAUGGCAGAGGCCUCCCUUCGGAAUAUUCCAAACUCCAGGCUGAAGAGGAAGAGACGCGAUUGCUCCAAGAAUGCGACCCUUAGCGUCCUGGGUUCGGCGGGAGCGCAAAGUGUGUGAUCCACAGCGCGCCUCUCACUGAAAUCUCAUCAUUGCCUUGAGCCAAGACUCAGACAGGGUUCAGUAAUCUCUCCAUUUCUUUAAACUACGCAGGCCGGUCAGGCCAUCAGCAAGGUCAGCCAGAGUCCAAGCUUAUGCGACAGCACUCCACCUCUGAGGAGGAGGAUAAAGAGACCUCAGAGGCAUGACGUCCAGUCAGAAGGUGGCAGAGACAUCACUGAGAGGAAUUCUGG